AUGGAAUGGAGAAAAUAUUAUCUGGAUAUGUUGCUUGUACCAUUAGGGUUUAUGAUAAUAAUUGGUUAUCAUGUUUGGUUAUGGCAUAAGGUUCAAACUCAACCUUCUUCCACCAUCAUUGGAAUCAAUACUCAUGGAAGACGAUCUUGGGUCCCUGCCAUGCUCAAGGACAUUGAAAAGAAGAACAUCCUAGCAGUUCAAACACUAAGAAACCUAAUAAUGGGAUCAACACUUAUGGCUACAACCUCCAUUCUUCUCUCGGCCGGUUUAGCAGCAGUAAUAAGCAGCACAUACAGUGUGAAGAAGCCUCUAAAUGAUGCCAUUUAUGGAGCUCAUAGCGAAUUUAUGGUUUUUCAACCAAGAAUUGUUUUGAGCACCGUCGGUAAUAGGCUCUUCUACUCGGCUUUUCCUCUUUUGCUUUGGAUCUUUGGACCUGUCUUGGUUUUCUUGUGUUCUGUUGCUAUGAUUCCUGUGCUUUAUAACUUGGACUUUGUUUGUGGGAAUGGAAAGGGAAAUGUUGUCAAGAUUAAUGACAAAGGUGCUGAAGAUUAUGUUUGA